AACUUCUUUGAAGAAUUACUGAUAGAGGCUAACAUAAUUUUUUUAUACAAAAUGGCUUCGAGUGAUAGUGUCAAUGUUAUCGAAGUAAUUGAACCGAAUUACAGUUGUUCUGAUCAAGGACCGGAUAUAUCCCUGAAUGUUGAAGAUUCUGACAAUGAUGAUGACAAUAAAUCUGUAGAAGAAAAAAUGGCAAUUUUCGAUAAUUCAGCGAUUAAUUAUGGGAGUGCUACUUCAAAAACUCCACCUGGAGUUGCUAAAAAUAAGUCUGAGAAAGAGAGAAAAAUUGGUCACAGAAGAGUUGGUGUUGGUGGAGAAAUAACAUAUAAGAAGAUACAAACGACUCAAAUUAUGGGAUCAAUACAACUAGGAAUUCAACAUGCUGUUGGUGGAUUAGCUAGUAAGCCUGAGAGAGAUUUAUUAAUGCAAGAUUUCAUGACUGUUGAAACAACGAAUUUUCCAAGUGAAGGUUCAAACCAUACACCAGCACAUCACUUUUCUGAGUUCAAAUUCAAAAAUUACGCUCCAAUAGCAUUUCGAUAUUUUAGAGACCUCUUUGGAAUUCAACCUGAUGACUUCUUGAUGUCAAUGUGCAGUGCACCAUUGAGAGAAUUAUCAAACCCCGGAGCCAGUGGAAGUAUAUUUUAUUUAACUGAAGAUGAUGAAUUCAUAAUAAAAACUGUACAGCAUAAAGAGGGGGAAUUUUUACAAACUCUUUUACCGGGUUAUUAUAUGAAUUUAAAUCAAAAUCCCAGAACCUUAUUACCAAAGUUUUUUGGAUUAUAUUGUUAUCGCUGUAAUAGUAAAAAUGUACGAUUAGUUGCUAUGAAUAAUCUUUUACCGUCAGCAGUAAAAUUACAUCAAAAAUACGACUUGAAAGGAUCAACAUAUAAAAGAAAGGCAUCAAGAAGUGAAAGAUCAAAAAAGUCGCCUACUUACAAAGAUUUAGAUUUUAUGGAGCAUCAUCCAGAAGGCAUUUUUUUGGAAGCAGAUACAUAUAAUGCAUUAGUUAAAACAAUUCAAAGAGAUUGUCGAGUUUUAGAAAGUUUUAAAAUUAUGGAUUAUUCACUUCUCGUUGGAAUUCAUAAUUUGGAUCAAGCAUCCCGAGAAAAAUCGGAUCAGAAAUCUUCAACUGAUGAGGAAGAAAUUGGUAAAGCUAUUUCCCAAGGUCAGAAUUUUGUCUAUGAUAGAGACCGUCCUGAUAAAGGAGGUGCUACGGCACUCAACCGGUCACGGAGCAUCAAUCGUCAAAGACUAGUUGCUCAUAGCACAGCGAUGGAAAGUAUUCAAGCUGAAAGUGAACCUAUCGAUGAAGAAGAUGAUGUACCCAGUCCUGGUGGUAUUCCAGCAAGAAAUGCACGAGGCGAGCGUCUUCUACUUUUUAUUGGGAUCAUUGAUAUUCUUCAAAGUUAUCGACUGAAAAAGAAACUUGAACAUACAUGGAAAUCUAUGAUACACGAUGGGGAUACAGUGUCAGUGCAUCGGCCAGGAUUUUACGCACAGCGCUUCCAAGAUUUCAUGGCAAAAACUGUAUUUAAGAAAAUUCCAUCACUGGAUCUUCCUGAGAUCAAAGGGAACCAUCGCAAAUUUCGUAACCUCGUCUCCAGCUAUAUAGCUCUUAAACAUUCACCGUCUAAGAGAAAAAGUAUUAGUCGACCAUUACGAUCUAUUGAAGGGGAGCUUGAUAUUACAGUUGUCUCGGCAACUGGAAAUACUUCAAAACAUACUACAUCACCUUCGAUACUUGUCAAUCCAAUAUUAACAGAAGAAAAGUCUACUACUGGUGAUUCGAUGAACAUCUUAAAUGAAUUACCCGUUGCAACAUCGACACCAAUUAAUUUACCGACUACAAUCACAACAUCAGAUGGUCAAGCUACAUUGCCAUCCCUUGCUAUAACUUCAACAGUACGUGCCAGUUAUCCAGCUGUUUUAAAAGGCAGAAGUGGAGCUAGUCCGCCCAUUCCUAAUUUAACACCGUCUGGAAAGACACCUCCACCCGUACCACCUAGAGGUACCCGAAAAAAGGUUGAAAAUCAUCGUGGUGGAAAUAUUUCUUCAUCUUCUUCUACAUCCGGUCGAGGUGACGUCAAUAUCGCGAGUAGAUUGCAUGAUCAUAAAGAAAUAAAUGGUGGAACUUUCCCAUCAACAUGCUCUACUCCGCCUCCACCUUUUGAAGAUGCAGUUAGUUCAAGUGAUCCAACUUUAGCAUUAGGAAGCAAUUGCCCAAGUACGGUUACUUCUUUGACAAGUAAUUUUGGGUCAAGCAGUAUUAAGCAAAGUAAAAUUCAUCAGAUUUCUAAAACAUAUCAUGAUUCUGUGAGUAUUUCUGAAAUACAAUUUGAAAACAUUGAUAAUACAAUGGGUAAUAGUGGAAAAGUAACAAAAUCCUCUCUAAGUGUCGAAAGUGGUGGCAGUAGUCGAGGUGGAGGUUUGUCUUGGACUCUAGCAACUGGUAGUGCUGAAGGAUCAACACCUACUUGGACUGAAGGAACACCAUCAUUUACAGAAAGUUCUAGUAGUGGUGACGGUGGUAAGUAAGAGUUUCUUAUUUUU